AUGAAUCUACAGGCGUCCAACUAUGGCGUCCUGGGGGAGAAGAUUUUAUGGCCCCCGGGUUUUGUUGCGCUGCAGAGAAUGCCAGGUGAGCUGCUGCAUGGCUUGCAGCUGUUAAUAAAUGAGAGGACGGUUAAGAGGUGGGCCAAGCUGGAAGAAGCCAUCUCGCGUCUGGACAUGGGCAUUGAGCAGGCGCAACAGCGCAUGGAGGAAGAUCGAGAGGAAGCAUUUGAAGAAGAUGAGCACUACGACGACGAGAUGGACUACGCAGAGAGAUUCGAUCCGCACGACAGGGAGGACCCCGAAGUACUCUUGGAGGAGCGGCAGCAGCUUAAAACGGACAUAGAAGAUCAGCUUGAUGAGGUCAAGGAGAAACUCAAGGAACUCGAGUCCAGCAGCCUCAACUUCACUUGGGAACGCCACGAGCUCCCCAUCUCCCUUCGCCGGCUCGACAAGCCGUGGGAGGACUUCAACCACGAGCUGCUUGUUCAGGCACACUUAGAGGCCCGAGCGGUGCAAGCAGCAGAAAAGGAACGCCUUGAAAAGGAGGCCAAGAAGGCAGCUAAGAAGGGGAAAAAAGUUGCAGCGCCAAAAGUGGCGCCCAAGGUCCGUGAGGUGCCAACUGUGUACUGCGCCAAAGUGAUGGACCCUGGGGUUGCCGUUGCUGCAGACGGUCGCACCUUUCACCGCAGCGAUGCGGCAUAUGACGACGCGGGGGCGAAGGCAUUGGUAAAGGAUGUUGAGGUAUUCAUGAAGUUCUGCUGGCGAUACAUCGUGGAAAGGGGAAAGUUCAACUUCGAACACGUGGGGCUUCUUCCGGUUGUUCACACCUCCACAAUCAGCCGCACGCACAGCAGUUCUAAGAGCAUGUCGGGGGCGGCCAUCAUCACGCCGUUCAUGCAGAACGGUAGCGUGGGGGCAGUCAUGAAGGCGUUGGCUGGGAAGAGAAACACGUACGCGUACAAGCCUGACCUCUUGUUGGCGAACGCGAAGACCCUCGUUUCCUGGUACAUUUGUGUUUGGAGCGAAUUCAAGCGUUGGGUUGUGCAAGUGGCCAAAGGCUUAGCUGCAGUUCCACCGUACUGCUCUCCCGAAUACUACAAUGCUCUGACAGAACGACGGAUACAGCGAGCUGCUGUGUACGUGAACGCCCUGUCGCCUCACAAGCACGACGUGUUCUGUCUGGGCCUUGUUUUGCUGCAGCUAGCCACACUACAAAAUGUACCGGCGUAUCGCGACAAGCCCAAGCGGUUAACGGCAGCACUGGAGAAGCUUCAAAACAACAACGAAUCACCAGCAGCCCCAGAGCUUGCAAAACUACUGGGUCGGAUGCUGACCAUAAACCCGGCAGAGCGGCCUCCCUUCAAAGAUCUGGUGGAUGCUCAAGAUCGCUGGACCCUGCAGGCGUCAGACUGGGUCCGUGGGUUUGCAGAAGUGCUAGGUUUUGGGAAGACACCUGGCGAAGAGCUGUACCUUGAUAAGUCGCUUACUCCGCCAGGCAUGGGCACGCAGUCACCGCCGCCUGAUUCGAAAAAGGAUAAGAGUAGCAAGUCAACCUGCACCGUUAUGUGA